AUGCCCUCGAAAAGUACUGCCUCAAGGGCGAUGCCAACCGAGAACAGCGUGAGCUCGUUCUCAAAUCCUUCGAUGAAGACCUGGAGAGGUUUGAUCGCUUCAUCAUCCUCUUCCGGAGCAUUCACACUGGCCGGCAUGAUCUCCGAGCGCUGUAUGGCUUUUCAGAGGGAAGCUGGUCUCGCGUGCUGCAGAUUCUGCCCUCUCCUGCGUCCCUGGAGGAACGGAUGGUUGUACAGUGCCUGA